AUGUUCGCUGCAUCGCCCUCCGCACCUCCGCGUGCAUGACCGCGGCAGCCGGCCAACAAGACGACACGAUGGAGCGACGGGCCCUGUCGCCCACGGCGGGCCCUCUUGCCACCGACAAAUCCCAGAUUGCUUUGACGGUGUCGCCCUCGGGGCUGAUCUUGAGCCCCGAUGGGUCGCUGGCCGAGACCAAGAAGCCCCGUUACCUGCUUGGGCUGCCUGUCAGCGUUGUCUCGGCCGUCUGCUACUGCCUGGCGAGCAUGAUGAUGGUCCUGCUCAACAAGGUGGCCCUGUCCUCGUUCCACUUCAAGUCGGCCAAUGCACUGCUCUUCUUCCAGUGCCUGCUGUGCGUGGUGGCGGUGCAGGCGUGCAAGGCCGCGGGGCUGGUCAAGGUGGAGCCCUUUAGCUACGACAUUGUCCGGGUGUGGCUGCCGGUCAACCUGGUGUUCGUGGGCAUGAUCGGCACCAGCUUCUGGGCGCUGCGCAGCCUCAACGUGGGCAUGGUCACAGUGUUGAAAAACUUGACCAACCUGUUCACCCUGGGCGGAGACUACAUCCUCCACGGCCGCACGUACAAGCUCAAUGUGUGGGGCUGCGUGGCGCUCAUGCUGCUGUCGGCCAUCUGUGGCGCCGCCACCGAUCUCGCCUUCAAUGCCGCCGGCUACUUCUGGCAGAUCAUGAACUGUUUGUUCACGGCGGCGUACUCGCUCUACAUGCGGGCAGCCAUGGACCGCGUGGCGCAGCACACCAGCGACGGCAAGCGGCUUGGGGAGUUCUCCAUGGUGUUUUACAACAACCUGCUGAGCCUGCCUUGUUGUCUGGUGCUGAUGGCGCUGACGGGCGAGCUGCACGGGGUGUGGCAGGAGCCCGACCUGCACAACACCACCUUUUUGCUGGUGGCGGGCUUCAGCGGGUUGAUAGGCUUUGCAAUCAGCUUCACGUCGCUCUGGUUCCUGAGCACCACCACCCCCAGCAUCUAUUCCCUGGUGGGCAGCUUGAACAAGGUGCCGCUCGCGCUCAUCGGGCUGCUGGCGUUCAACGUGCCUUGGACGAUGCCAAACCUUCUCAGCAUCCUGAUGGGAACCCUUGCGGGCGUGGUCUUUGUCAUUGCAAAGAGCAAGAAUUGAUGAUGUUGUACUUGAAUGUAGAGGUCAGCACUGCCGUGAGGCCUGACCUGUUCGGCUUUCAGCACGCCUUUGCAUUAAACAGCACGGAUGGAGCAUUGUCAAGGUCAGGCCCGCAAAAAGCACAUUCCUGCAAUCAGCUGCCCGGCCUCUACUCGUCCGAGAAGGCUGGCCGACUCUUCCUCCCGCCUCUUGCUGCUCGUCCCCUCGCUGCCACCCGCUUUGCCGCCUCCUGUGCCCUCACCACCACUUCCUGCUCAUCCUCAUCCUCCUGCAUCGCCUCCUCCACCUCCUCCAAGUCGGCAUCCUCGUCCUCCUCUUCUUGGCGCACAACUGCAAGCUGGGUUGUCGGUUGCUGCAGCCUGGCCACGUGUAUGCCCUUCUGCUGCGUGACAGCUGCUGCUCGCUGCACUGGCACCUGCUUGGCUGCUGCGCCGCUGCUGCACAGCUUGUGCAGCUCGGCGGGAAUUUCCCAGUCCGGCGUAAACUGGAGGUACUCGGCGAUGUACUGGCACACGCCAUUGCUGACGCCCAUUUUGCACAUGUCGCCAAAUGCGCAGACUCCCUUCUCCAGCCACUCCAGGUAGUGGUUGGGCUUGGGCCCGUUCAUGUGCACGAUGCGCGCAUCAGGCCUGAACUGGUGGAACAUCAUUGCGUUGAAGUUCUUGCUGAUCGGCAGGCCCUUGACCUGUUUCUCAUAAAACUGGUUCAGAGCACCUUGGUCAAGCGGCCCAUAUCCUGGGUAGUACAGCCCAUUCCUCUGUGAGACGAUCCAGUUCAGAAACUUCUUGUUGGUCUUGCGCAUGUACGGCAUGUUCAUCAGCAUGAUGCCGGCAUUGUAGGGGAAAAUGUCCUGCCCCUCAAAGCCCAUGCCCACGGCCGUGGGCAGCGGCGUGCCCCAGUCCAC